GGGAAAGGAGUCUAACAGCUACGUCGUUCCAGUGGAGUCAACAGCGGCCCGCAAAGAGAUCUCCAAAAUUUUGUCAGGUUCUGCUCAGUUACCGGGCGGCCGCACAUAGGAUACCAACUUUUAAAAGAUACAUAUAUCUGAACUUUUCUUGUCCAUGUUCCGUAGUAGUUAAUUUAAUCUGUUGUCUACGAUGAAGUGGGGAGCAGCUGAUUUGGGGGUAACAUGGACAUUGUUCUCUCUGUUCUUCAACUUUUCUGUCACCAACGGACAAAAUCCGCCGAACUACAACCUUUUCCAAGGAGCUGCGUACCAGGGCGCGAGACACCGACAGUCACAGAGGAAUAGGAACUGGUGUGCAUAUGUGGUCCAUAAGAACGUGAGCUGUACCGUCCAGGGGAAUGUGGAGAGCUUUGUGGAGCCUGAGGUGGCACUGUGCCCAAACCAUGACCCAGACUGUGAGCAACAAGUGAUGUAUCGGACGCGGUUCCGCGCGGCCUAUAAGAUCGCCUAUAAGACUGUAACAGACCUGGAGUGGAGGUGUUGCCCUAGUUACCAGGGACCAGACUGCUCUGAGCUGAAGGCUGCUCCUAACAGACAGACAGUACCAGCCGGGUCACAGCCACCCCAAACCCAGUACCCAAACAGACAGAUUGUACCAGCAGGGUCACAACCUCACCAAAACCAGUACCCUAACAGACAGACAGUGCCAGCAGGGUCACAGCCUCACCAGAACCAUAACUCAGAGGAAGCACCACACUACCCCCAGACCAGAUCCAUCCCUGGACAGACCAGACACCCACAGAGGCCAGAGAGGAGGGAGACGGGGGUGUAUGAGGGGAGGCAUGGAGGAGCAGAAAAAGACAGGGUGCGUCUCCUGGAGGGGGAGGUGCAGCGCCUCUCCCAAACAGUGGGGGCGCUGCAGGCUGCGAUAACUGGGCUGAGCUCCACUCUGAGAUCUGACCUGCAGGAGGACACCUCCAAGAUGCUGGUCACCCUGCUCAACAACCUCCGUGCUGUGACCCCUGACAGUUUCCACGCCCCCGACAUAGAGCAGGCCGCAGUACCACCAGACAACCACCAGGGGUCAGUGAUCGAUGGGCACCAGGCCACCAGGGGGCCAGUCCAGGGGGACAGGGGUCUAGAAAAGGUCCUGGCCAGGUUGGAUGAUGUCAACACCUCUCUGAAGAGUAAAGAGGAGGCUCUGGAGGAGCUGAGAGGUACCGUGACCUCACACAGCGGUCAUAUCCGCCUGCUGCUUGAUGCCUCUCAGACACAGCAAGACCCUGACCCUAACCCUGUUGGGGGUGGAGCCCCUGCUGACCUGGAGGAGCUACUAGAGAAAUACAUGGACAGGCAGCUGGGCUUCCUGAGGAAGAACAUGGAGGACAGCAUGGAGAGAACGAUAGAGGAGAGGAUGGGGAAGGAGGUGGAGAAGCUGCAGAAAUUCUGUGAUGGAAGGAUCCAGCUGAUGGAGAGGAGGUGUGAGGAGGAGCGGGAGAGAGGACUGCUCAGUCUGACUGAGAUGGUGGACAAGGAGGAGCAGCUAAAGCAGGAGAUCAGGGAGUUGAGACUGGACAUCACUGCCUCCGACCAGCCCGGCCGGUCACUCAGACAGACUGACCCCAAACCUAAUGUUAGACAGACUGACACUAAACCUAAUGUUAGACAGACUGAUUCCAAACCCAGCCUUAGGCAAACUGCCCCUGCCAGACAGACCGACCUGGCUAAACAGGAUAACCAGCCACCAGGUAUCCUACCAGCUGUCCAGCGUGGUGACCUAUCUGACCUGUGGAGGGAGCUGGAGCGUGUGGCGGAGGCCCAUCGCAUCCUGAAUGCCCGCAUGGACAAUGAGCUGCAGUACCUGUCUUCUCCACGGGGGGAGCUAGAGGGAAAGGGGUUAGAGCUAGAGGGGGAGGGGUUAGGACUAGAGGGAGAGGUGGGGUCUCGGCUGGAGGAGUUAGAGGCGCGUCUGAAUGUGACAGAGCAGAAUGCGGAGGUCCACUGUUUCUACGUGGAGGAGAAGCUGACCCGGGCACUAGCCGAGCAAGGGGCGGAGCUACGACAGCUGCUGGAGGAACGAGUAAACGUACUGGAAGACCAGUUUACUACCAUGCUGGUCGAGAUGAACAACGAGUCAUAUCCUGUUGGAGAAGGAAGGAGCGUGGAACUUCAGGCUGAGUUGAACAACAACAAGUUUCUUCUGCAGGGUCUCAAUGACAAGGUGACCGCUGUGGCUGAGCUCUGUGCUCAUGGCUGUGGUGGAGGACCUAACACCGGAGGGUUUCCCAACCCUGGAGCUUCCUCCCACCCUGUAGUUCUGGACAGUGUGGUGAAGGACCUGAAGCUCUGUUGUAACGACCUGGAUAUCCUCCACACGGAUGUGACGUCCAACUCUGACAAACUGAGAGAGCUGGAGGAGAUUAUAGACAGGCAAAUGGUGGGGCAGAAGCAGAGCGUUAAAGAGGUGGAGGACCUCCAGAGGGGGAUGGUGAUCCUGCAGGACAACGUAGGGGGUCUGGGGGGGGCAGUGACAGGGCUAGGGGACUCUCUGAGCAGGUACACCCAGGACCUCACCAGGAUUAACACCACCUACAACACCUGCUGCCAGGUUGGGGCAGGGGUCAAAGCAGUGGCCAGGCCAGGGGAAGGGUUAGGUGGGUUUGGUGCCACUACUAUCGGUCCAGGCAGGAUCCAGAGUGCGUCUGAGGUAACGGUCCCCAGAGGAGAGGUGGAGGGAAGCAGCAGCAGCCAGGUGGAGGAGCUGAGAACCAAACUGGACAGCCUCACUAACCAGGUGCAGACAGAACUUCAACGUUGCUCUGGUAUGUCUGGGGUGGAGGGGCGUGUCCAGCGCCUGGAAAAAGUGUGUGUUCAGCUGGACGGGGUGUCGGCCAGGGUGCAGGGAGUGAAGGAGGGGUUGGAGAAGCACAUCGCUGGGCUGUGGCACCACGUCAGCCGGGUCAACACCAUGCUGGAAAGACAGGCUGCUGACAUCACCACCCUAGAGACCUCCCUAAAGACACUACAGACCAGGAGCACUGACACCAACGCCAGGGAGACAGAUGAAGCUGUGAGACCUGGUUCUGUCCCAGAUCAGACCAGACCCAGGGUUAACCAGAUCCACAUUCCCCACAGGACCCCCCUUGACUCGUCCCCCAGACCCCCAGGCAACCCUACAACCCCAGACAGCCAGCCAGUCCACACCAGCCUACCAACCCUCUACAGCCCAACAUCCACCGCCAUCCAAACCAACCAACUCUGUACCUGGUGCCACAUAAGCCUAAUCAGCCAGGCCAGCCCACUGUCAUCCUCGUACCCCAUCCUAACCAACCAUCCAACCCUAACCAACCCUUCUUAA